CGGGCUCUCGGUCACAUGGCAGCAGUAUGGCACUCGCUCAACAGUCGGUCAGUCACAAGCUGGUUGACUUCGUGUUCGGGAUUCGUCGGUGACCCGUGCCAGUUACGCUGACAUGAAGUUGGUGUUUCUCGUCAACAAGUCUGACUAAGGAAUGUUCUGACAUGGAAUUUAUAUUAGGUGCUUUAGGCGCUAGUGGCGCGGUGUGCUUCACCAAUCCGCUGGAAGUAGUCAAAACAAGAUUUCAGCUGCAGGGAGAAUUAAAGAAAUCUGGCAAUUAUAAAGUUCACUAUCGGAACUUCGCUCACGCCCUUUAUGUAGUGGCAAAAAAUGAAGGACCGUUGGCACUACAAAAAGGUUUGAUGCCGGCGAUUGGUUUCCAGGUGUUCUUAAAUGGCUCGAGACUGGGCAUAUUCGACAUAGCACAGAAAAAAAAAUGGUUACUCAAGAAAGAUGGCAAUAUUUCGUUAGCGAAGUCCGCGUUAGUCGGAGCCGGAGCAGGCAUGCUAGGUGGUUUCUUAGCCAGUCCGCUGGGCUUGUUGAAAAUCCACUUCCAGUCGAAUUCCGCGCAGUCCAUCGCGGUCGGGCACCAACACAAAAACAUUGGCACAAUACGCGGUCUUCAGUCGCUCUACGUCCAGUACGGUGUAGUCCGGGGCUUGUGGCGUGGCGCUACCGGAGCGAUGGUGCGCAUCGGAGUCGCGUCAGCCAUGCAGCUGAGCACGAUGGGUCUGAUGAACGAGGCGCUCGUCAAACACGGGCUGCUGACCAAUGACCAGAAGGUUUUGUGCACACUGGUGAGCAGCAUGCUGGGCGGCAUCCUAAUGGCCGUAGUGAUGGCACCUUUCGAUCUGGUCUCCACCCGGCUCUACAACCAAGGUGUGGACAGCAAUGGACGUGGUAUUUUGUAUAAAUCAUAUUUGGAAUGCAUGACCAAGACGUUCAAACAAGAAGGAAUCCAUGGGCUUUACAAGGGCGUCUUUCCGUGUUACCUCCGACUCGGGCCCCACGUCGUCUUGAGCAUGACGUUCUGGGACAUGUUACGGCAGGUGGAAAAAAAAGUCUCCAACCGCAUCAACAAACCGCAUCCUCAUUGAUUUCGUCAUCAUUUUUGUUCCGAGGUCAUAUGCAUCGAUGUACGUAUCGUCCCGAUACCCCAUAUAUUUGCCCGUCGAUCGAAGGAUAUAUGAAAUCCCGAUGCAUUUAUCCUCUACCUGCAAUGUAGAUACUUACAUGUACAAAUGGACGAGGAUUAACUCGAUAGUUAAGGUUAAAGGUCUAUUUACACCUAACCGUUCCGUUCGUUUAGUUUCAGUGCUUUGGAUUUACACAAUACCGUUUCGUAUCCGAUCCGCAUCCGUUGUCCGUGCCCGUUCAGUGCUGUUCGAACCUAUCUUUUGACCUAACGCGCGUUUUACGUAUCGUGUUUCAUUGUUGCUUUGGGUGCUUGAAAAAAAUUAUAAUAUGACUGGAAGUGCAGAAUCGCUAGAAGAUCUAGCUGUACUUGCCUUGCUGCUAAUUCUAUAUGAGAACGAACCAUUUCUAUAAUUUUUUCGUCGAUAUUGGUAUACAUGAUUUAAAUGUAAAUACUCAAGUUUUUGAAAAAAUAACUUUUUAAAUACUUUAAACUUUAAAAUUUUUUUUUUGUAAUUUUACAAAUACGUCUCGCGAGUAGGUAUGAAAACCGAUCAAGCUGUCAGUUGUCACUGACGGCUGUUUACAUAGUUCCGUAUUUUCCAUAUCCGUAUCAGUGAAAUCCCCAAAAACAUUGUCUCCGACAAAUUUUAAAGCACGGACACGGAUAGUGCGGAUACGGAACGGACCUGUGUAAACAUGCCCAUUAUAUAACAAGUAAACAAACUUUAAGCGCCGGACACGAAACGGACGGUACGGAUACGGAACGGUUAUGUGUAAGUAGACCUUUAAGUAUUAUUCACGUGCAUUAUGCACUUCUGUCGUUACGGGGAUUUACUCAUACCCCACGUGCCAUGUGAUUAUUAUAAUCGUAUUAGUUUAUGUAAGUAUGUGUCUAGGAUUGCCAUGUGAUUAAUAUAAUCGAAUCAGUUUAUGUAGGUAUGUGUGUCUAGGAUGCCUUCUGUCUCUAGUUCCCGAGUUUCGACGGUCAGUGUUCAGAUAACGCGUGACUUUUGGUCUACAAUCAGUACAUGUAUUACAACAAAUAAUAGUAUAAUCGUUUCUUCGCGGUAUUUUAAUUCACGUCCGAUGUAAUUAUUUUUUCUUAUCAGCCGUAUUCGUUCUCCAUGUAUCGCCCAAAUCUAAUUAUAUGCUGAUAACAUCAUAAAUAAUUUGUAUAUUGUAGCAGUUAUUACAACACUAUGAUGUUGGCUAUAAUCUAAACGAAAUAUUAACACAUUUAAAAUGACUACAACGCGUCAAAUUAAAACGUGUUUGUAGUGAAUAAUAGUUAUUGUAUUUUUAUUAUAGACAUCGCUCACCGACCAUUAAACUGUAAUGUAUAAUUAAACUAGUUAGUGACUUUCAUAAUAAACACACCCACUAUUAAUUAAUAAAUUAUAAUUAAUUUUUUUACAUUCGACGCAGUUUAAGUUUAAAAUGUUUGAAAUAAAGUUUG